AGGCAGGAGACGGAUGCAGGCUCUCCUCCCUCCCGCUCUGUUACAUCCAUCCAUUCUGUUAUCCAUCCAUCCAUCCAUCUCUCCAUCCACCCCGUUCAUUCCCAAGGGCGUCACAGGGGAGGGUGACAAGACCUGACUGAGAAGCACAUACAUGUAAUGUGUGUGCAUGCGUGAGUCCUGCGUUUAUGUAGCCUACGUUGCGCCUCUGGUCUGCUGCCUGUGGAUCCGGUGACAUGAGGAGCUGAAACAGAACCGACAGAAGGAUGAAAAUGCUCCGGUUUCGCAGCCCCAGCAUCCGCUCCUUGGACCAGGAGGUCCUCUGCACGAUCCGGUUACUGGACGACUCCGAGAUCUCCUGCAGCAUCCAGAGAGACACCAAAGGCCAGUUCCUGUUGGAUCAUGUGUGUAACCACUACAACCUACUCGAGAAAGACUACUUUGGUAUUCGAUAUGUGGAUCCUGAGAAACAGAGGCACUGGCUGGAGCCCAAUAAGCCCGUGGUGAGGCAGAUGAAGUCAGCUGAGCAGCCCUACACUAUGUGCUUCCGGGUCAAGUUUUAUCCCCACGAGCCAAUGAAAAUCAAGGAGGAGCUCACAAGGUAUCUCCUGUACCUCCAGUUGAAGAGAGAUAUCUACCAUGGCCGUCUCCUCUGUCCCUUCGCUGAAGCUGCCUAUCUGGGUGCCUGCAUCGUACAGGCUGAGCUCGGGGACUAUGACCCAGAGGAGCAUCCAUCAGACUACAUCAGAGACUUCAAACUGUUCCCUAAACAAUCCCUCAAACUGGAGAGGAAGAUUAUGGAAAUACACAAGAACGAGCUCAGGGGCCAGUGUGCUGCGCUCGCCGAGUUGAGCAUGCUCCAAAGGUCUCACUCCCUAGAAACAUAUGGAGUGGACCCUCACCCAUGCAAGGAUUUUACAGGCUCCACAGCUUUUCUCGGGUUCACAGCCACAGGUUUUGUGGUCUUCCAGGGAAACAAGAGGAUCCAUCUUCUGAAAUGGGCUGAUGUCAGCAAGCUGAAGUUCGAAGGGAAAACCUUUUACGUCAUCGGGAUUCAGAAAGAGAAGAAACUGGUGUUGACAUUUCACACCUCGACCCCUGCAGCGUGCAAGCACUUAUGGAAGUGCGGGGUGGAGAACCAGGCCUUUUACAAGUGUGCGAAGUCGAGUCAGAUAAAGACUGUUUCUAGCAGCAACAUCUUCUUCAAAGGGAGCAGGUUCAGAUACAGUGGAAGAGUAGCCAAAGAGGUGAUUGAAGCCAGCUCUAAGAUUCAGAGAGAGCCGCCUGAGGUGUGCAGAGCCCAGUUUGGUCAGAGUCGAAGUUUUAACUCUCUGAGCCAUAAAAACCUCAUUAUGAACAUGGAACCGCUGGUACCUGCACUGCCCUCCACCAACGAAUAUGAAGAGACGGCCCCCGACAAUGGUGUUGUGUCUGUGAAGGACUCGGUCCCCUUGUCUCCUCUCAAACCUUCAGCCGCUCCCGCAGACACAGAGCAACAAAGUACUGACGUAGGAAACCCCGCUCUGGGCAAUGACCUGCAGCCUCCCCGUGUUUCCAUGGAAACCUCAAAUCUCCGACCUCAAACGCCCAAAGCUGAAGAUGAAAUGGAGGAAGAUGACGAGGCCAGCGGCGCACUCACCAUCUCUGAACUUGUCUACAGCCCCUGUGCUAGCAUGCUGCCCACCCCAGUGGACGACAGCCAGGGAGGCGUCGACUUACUGUUCUCCUCCCCGGUCCAGAGCCCCGCCAGGCUGCUGAGGGAGCUCCACGCCGACCCCGACAUCCAGGCCCAGCUGGAGGCCGAAAGGGAGCGUGACCGGGCCUACGAGCGCACCAGGCUGGCCGCUAGAAGUCACAUGGGUGGAGUCCUGACCAGCAGCCUACGCCUGCUGUCGUCCAAUGAGAGAGUCAACGCCUGCGUGCUAAGUGUGGCCCGCUUUGUUGCCGUGGUAAUGGGCGUCCUGUUUGUCACUGUGCCCACAUUGCUGCUAUUGCUGGAGUCAGACAUCGAUGUGUCAUUCCUCCACGAGAUCCGCCAGACGCCGGAGUUUGAGCAGUUUCACUACGAGUAUUACUGCCCUCUCCGCCGUUGGAUCCUGUGUAAGAUCAGCAUGGCCAUGGAGAACCUCUGGUCAGACUGAAGAGGAGAGGACGAGAGGGAAAAGAUGGAAAAAUAGGGAGCGAGGAGUCACUGCGGGGAAAAAAAAGAUGCCCAAAAGUCUGUCUUAACAUGUAAUUUAAUCUUAUAGUCAGUCUUAAAUGUGUCUCUUGAGACAAAAGAGCAAAUCUGCCAAUCAGAUGAAAUAAUUUCACUUGCUUCACUUGAUGAUGAGCAGGUGCAAAGCAUCACUAAUGAGGUAAAGGAUGGAGGCCACAGCUGGAAAGGGCUUAAAAAGAUGUAGAAAGAUAUUUUAUUAAAAAGGGGCCUCAGAUGGAUACAUGGGUAAUGGAUUCCCAGAACGAGGACGCCUCUUUGUACAACAUUAUUUCUGGCUGAAUUACACUGAAGCAAGUAAAACUGUUUCACCUCUUUAGCAGCAAAAUCUACCAUCUCGAAGAAAGGAGAGAGCUCUUAAUCAUAGGAUCCAAUCACUUGUUAAGACGGACACUUUUGGCAGUGAUAAACUGAAAAGAAAGAGGACAAGAAAUACUGUAAGUGUUGGUGGAAGAACUCAUGGAAGGGAGAGAUUCAUAAAAAGGAAAAAUGAGGGAGUUCAUGGACAGAAAAGAGUCAAAAAAAAAAAGUUUUGAAGAAGGUUUCGUUUUACUAGAAAUUUGGUCUGUUCACUCCUGAUGCUGAUAGCUGAUGCAAUGACUCUUUGGUAAAUAUCACAAACCAUUCUGAUUGGUUCUCUUCUUCAGAAUGGAGCGCCUGAUUGGUCACAGAGCCUGUCAGUCAUGACGGAGUGAGCGGAAACAGCAAGAGAGAUGAUUGAUUUGUCACUGAACGCAACAAUAGCCACAGGCAGAGGUACAUUAUAUAUAUUUAACAAACAAAAAGAGAAAUAUUGAUAAUUACUACCAAUCUUAAAUAAGUUGUUUUUAAAGUUUUGUACAUUUUUAUGUGAUCCAGAUCUUUCAGGAAUUUUUCAGUCAGAGGAUCUACUUUGAGCUUAUUUUGAAAUUAAGAGUUUACAAAAGAUUACCAAAAAAAAAGCAAAUUUAUUGAAGUUUAUCGGGGUGAUGGGUGUUGAGAAAUUUAAGCUAUUUUUUGAGACUACUGUCAACGUUUGUUGACGUGGUAGCAUCCUGGGUUUUUCCUACAGAGGCUAUAGCACAA